AUAAAUAAUUAAAUAACACGGGGGUCUGGCGUAGUUAUAUUCCUGUGACGCCAUACCCCUGCGCCGUCACUGCGUCACAGAAACAGCCGAAAUUCGGAUGGAUUUCAUUUCCUGGUUCGGGUGUUUCAGUUUGUGGGGCGGCCGGUUCCUCCCGCCGGGAAAAAAAAAUAUAAUUAGAUUGGUGUGUUCGUCUUGGAAAAGGCGGGAAGUGAUUCGGAAGUGACGUAACGUCGGGCGCCGGAAGUGAGCGUUGCUGUGGAGACGCGAAGAUGGCGGCGGCGGCGGCGGAUGAUGAGAGCGAUUGGGACGUUUGGAUGUUGGAGUCUCUGAGACUGUACAAUGACCUUCAUGUGUUUGAACUUCAGCAACCAACACGCGUUAUAGAAUGGAUUCAGGAUAGAAGUAUCUGUGUCGCUGGAUACAAUAUGGGCAAGAAGAAUGAAAUCCUGGAGCUUUCACUCCCUGAGAAACUCUGUGCUAAAGGAAACCAGGGACUUUGCCCAGAAAGAGACUUCACAGUGAAACAUGGUGGCUUCUCACAGAGGCCCAUUUACAACCUGAAACAUGUGGUGGGGACCAGCCUGUUGGUGAGCAGUGGACCACCUGAUACCUUGCUACAGGUCUGGCGCUUGGCAACAGAUGAGAGCGACGCCAUCACCGUGGUGGACUCUAUCCAGUACCAGACACCAGGCAGCCAGUGGUCAAAAAUCUCUGCCGUCUGCUCUCCGACCCCGCGGGUGCUCCACGGUUCAAAGGUUAGCAACCUCUCAAUCCAGGAAAUUACAUCGCACAAAGUUCUUUUUACCACAGGGCUAGCUGACUGUGAGCCAAUCAGUGAGCUGGAGUUUCUUGAUCAUUCCAUCUUUUCUUUCUGCUCCCUGAACGGCCGUCUAUGGUUGGUUGAUAGCCGCCAGCCCUCAAGUCUGAUUGGACACUCUGAUGUGCCUGUGAGUGACGAAGGUGGCUGCCAUUGGACAAUGGGAUGGGCGCCUGGGCGCUGGAAGGUGGCUAGACUCUGCUCAGACGGCCGAGUGGUGCUGACUGAUUAUCGGGAUUUGAGCAGGACCCUGAGCCUGACCAAACUGGCAAUACCCACCACUAUCCCAAACAGUGACUGCCUGAGCUUGACAUGGGCACCCUGUCUACAGGACCACCUCGCAGUGUCAGGUUUUAAUGGGACAGUUCACAUUUACGACACCAGCUCGUGGUUGGGGGAAGCAGGUGGAGUGGAGCCGACCUUUAUUCACCGAGGUCACAGUGUUGUCCCAGAGCCUGAUCGAGAAAAGCCCAUUGUCACCAGACAUGCCUGGCACCCCUGGAAGCAACAGGUCCUGCUCUCAGCUGCAGACGAUGGCUCUUUCCAUGUCUGGAAUUGGACCAAUCAGAAGACCCUCUGAUAGUUAUGCUGCUGGAUUUAGCUUUGUCCCAUCAGACACUGGUUCCCAAGAGAAACUCCACACCAUUGUAUGUCUUCUCCAGCAAUCUCUCACUGCAUCAAUAGUUGGUGACUGUGAUGCCAGCUUAAGUUCAACCAGGGGUGAUAUUUACAUGGGACUGGUGAGUAAUAAAUAGGCCAGUCUCCUUGCAACACAUCACAACCCAAUAUAAAUAAGACUGUCACCAUGUGAUCGACUGACCCCUCGAUAGUGCGCCCCUAUCACUGUGUGACCGACUAACCCCUCGAUAGUGCGGCCCUGUCACCAUGUGAUCGACUGACCCCUCGAUAGUGCGGCCUUGUCACUGUGCGACCGACUGACUGACCCCUCGAUAGUGCGGCCUUGUCACUGUGUGACCGACCGACUGACUGACCCGUCAAUAGUGCGGCUCUGUCACUGUGUGACUGAUGACUGACCCCUCGAUAGUGCGGCUCUGUCUCAGUGAUUAAUCGACCUGUUCGAGGCGCAGGUGCUUGUCAUACUGUUUUGAGAGAUUGUAGGUCUUUAUUCGAGUGUCCUUUGUGGAUGUAGGCAGUAUUGUAUAGUUAUUUAUAAUUGAAAAACUGCUGUCACUAUUAAAGCAUGAGGAAUGAUUGCAUUGGGAGAGAUAUCAAGGAUUAGGUAUGAAGACAGCAGCAGACACCUUCAUAAAUGUUUUUAAAUGAUUUAACAACUGAAACUGGUGUACACCAUUGCACAUGAAAAAGUAAUUCUCUUUAUUCUUUGUUUUUUAGUGUAUUUUAAAACAGGCACAAAUUUGUUGGUUACUUGACACAAAUUAUAAAUACUUAUUUUUGUGCUUCAUU